AUGGCUGAUGGUGAUGGUGAUGGUGGUGGUGGUGUUGGAUCGACAUCGAUGGGGGAGUGUGUGGCCGAAAGGGUUAGGGUGACGACUGAGGAAGAGGGUGAGACGGUGGUACUGAACGGUGCAGAAGGAUCCAACGGUGGAGGAGGAAGGAACAACGGAUCAAGCACUCCAUCAGGUAAUCACGUGCAGUGGUAUUAUCCUGUGGGUGCACCUCCAUCGCCAUACCACCACCACCAUCAUCAUCCGACCGUUCCUUUUUAUGGGUACCCUACUACUCCUACCUACAUUGCAACUGACAUGAUGAAUUACAAUUACAAUCAGAAAAUGGGCUACGGUGGGGCCUACAUGAGUGGUGCCCACUUGUCUCAUGUGUACCCGAGGCAUGCUAUGGUGGGUGCGAACACACUGAUGCCAAUGUACCCUCUGUAUCACUAUCACCAUCCAACGGAGACAAUGGGCGUCCCUGCUCACUACUACCAUCCAACAGUGACUACUGGACACUACGCUGCUGCACUGCCAGCUGGCAUCGUAUCCAAGCCCGCAUCCAUGACUCCUCAUACAGGUACAGUUGGAAGUGUUGAUUGCUUUAAAGCAGUUGUCUGAGAAGAUUAGCUGUCCAAAGAUUUGAAGAACAGAGACACAGCAAAGGAAGAUGCAUCAUGCAUGGUUGGUGGCCACUCCCACACAGAGCAACAUUAUUAUUAUCUGAUCUGUAUUAUUGUGGCUCAAAAACCUUUUCUUUAUUAUUAUUAUUAUUUAAUUUUUAUAUUGUUUCAUUAAAAAUAAUUGUUAAUCUUAUUAAUUAAUUAUUAGGGUGUUUGAUCA